UGGACUUGAUGGAUUAUCAGUGAAUUGCAGAGAAUCCUCCCGAGGAAGGAAGGACUGUUCAUUUAUUCUGUUUCCAUUUUUUGGAUUUCUCCAUCCCAAUUUAGCUUUAUUGUUUUUUCUCAGCAGAUAGCAUUGAAGUGGAAGUUUUAUUUAUAUUAUACAAGUUUGAUAGGAGAUGGAUCAUGUAUACAAGAGCCAACUGCAAUCAUAUGCCCUGAAGCAAAAUAUAGAAUUACCAGUCUAUGCCGCUGAGCGACAAGGGCCUGCUCAUGCUCCUCGCUUUCGAUGUAAGGUUACAGUUUGCGGACAGACUUUCCAGGGUGAAGAAUUCUUAAUGACAUUAAAAGCGGCUGAGCAUGCCGCUGCCAAAAUCGCUUUGGCUUCAUUGACGCCAUUAAGCCCAGAGGGAACGGGAACUGAUGUUGCUUACAAGAACCUUCUACAAGAGAUUGCUCAGAAAGAAAGUUCUCUUUUACCAGUUUAUGCAACUGCUACAUCUGGUCCAUCGCAUGCACCUUCUUUCAUCUCCACUGUUGAGUUUGCUGGAAAGUUUUUCAGAGGAGAAGAGGCAAAAACCAAAAAAUUGGCCGAAAUGAGUGCUGCGAAAGUUGCAUUCAUGAGUAUCCGACAUGGGCACCCGAACCAGACCUCAUCACCUUCUUUGCCUUGCGAGAGACAAGAAGCUGCAAAUUUAAAUGUGAAGAGAAGUGUACAAGAGAUCCCUUCCCAACCUUCCAAGAUGGUAACCCCUGAUGUCCCAUCAAAGUGGAUUCAAGUGUAUGAAGAUGAAUUCCCAGAUGUUCUUAAUGCAUCAGCCAAUACUGUCAAGGAGAAAAACAUUGCUGUGUUGCCUGUGGAUUCUCAUCCCAGAAACGAUGGUAAUCUUAGUGCACCAGCUACCAAUGCUAUGGAGGUGAACAUUGCUGCUGAUUCUUCGGCUAUGCCUCAGAAUCCCACAGACCAUGGUAAUGAAUCAGAAUCAUCAUGUGUAGAAGAUUGUGAGAAGAGGCUCAUAAUGGGAACUGGCCACCGGAAUAUACCAACUGGGCAACGUGUAGUUUGUCUUCCAUGGAACCCCGAGAUGACUCUUCCUCAAGACGCGGAGAUGCUGUUUAGGGAUGAUAGGUUCAUUGCUUAUCGUCUCGUGAAUCCCUAAAGAGCCUGUGCCUCUUAGUAAACUUGGAUUAUCUGUGAGCUUUGUGAGUUUUGAUGGAGAAAACAAAUCUAAGGUUAAGCUGGUUUGGGCUGUGUAAAGCUAGUGAUUGUGAAUGUUGAGUAGCUCAAGACAUCAUCAUCUUUGAUGUAUAACAAGUGUAGGGUAAAAACCAAGAAUAUUAGACUCCACUAUUUAGAUUAGUUGUUUUCACUUACUAACUUAAGCUAAUAUAGUAAUAU